AUGUCUGGAGGUAAUAUCAAAGUCGUCGUAAGAUGUCGGCCCCUCAACGCUCGCGAGCUGGCAAGAGGGGCAAAAGGUUUGAUAAAGAUGGAAGAUAAUCAAACUAUUUUAGAACCUCCGGAAAUUACAGUGACUAGUAGUAGAGCUGUUGAGAAGAAACCUCAGGUGUUCUCUUUUGACAAAAGUUACUGGUCAGCUGGGCCUAGAGAUGAACCACAAUAUGCCUCUCAACAAACUCUCUACGAAGAUCUUGGUGUCGAAUUACUCGAUCACAGUUUUGAGGGAUUUAACACUUGUAUCUUCGCAUAUGGUCAGACAGGCAGUGGAAAGAGCUAUUCUAUGAUGGGUUACGGAGCCGAUAAAGGGAUCAUACCUCUAACUACUUCCGAGUUGUUCAACAGGGUCGAAUCACGCAUGUCACAAGAUACUAAUUUAUCAUAUACUGUCGAGGUUUCGUAUAUUGAGAUUUAUAAUGAGAAAGUACGAGACCUACUCAAUCCCAAAAACAAGGGCAACCUCAGAGUACGAGAACAUCCUUCACUCGGACCAUACGUGGAGGAUCUCAGCAAACUCGUAGUGGAAAACUACAGCCAAAUGAUGACUCUCAUGGACGAGGGUAACAAGGCGAGAACCGUUGCUUCUACCAAUAUGAACGAGACCUCUUCCCGAUCACAUGCGGUCUUCACUCUCAUAUUGACCCAAAAACGUCUGGAUCCCACGAGCAACAUGACCGGAGAAAAGGUGUCCAAAAUUUCCUUGGUCGAUCUGGCCGGCAGUGAACGACAAGCCUCAACCGGUGCGACGGGAACCAGAUUGAAAGAAGGCGCCAAUAUCAACAAAUCGCUCACGACUCUCGGAAAGGUCAUUGCAGCUUUAGCGCAAGCCAGCAACCAGACCGGCAAGAAGAAAAAGGACGAUCAUGUCCCCUACAGAGAUUCUGUUCUCACUUGGUUGUUGAAGGAAAGUCUCGGAGGGAACUCUAAGACCGCUAUGAUUGCUGCUAUCUCACCCGCUGACUACGAAGAGACCCUGAGUACUCUUCGUUAUGCAGACGCUGCGAAGAAGAUCAAGACCCAUGCUGUGGUCAAUGAGGAUCCCAACGCCAAGCUUAUCAGGGAGCUCAAAGAGGAGCUCGAAAUGCUUCGCAGCCGUGUCUCUGGGCAAGCAGGCACGGACGAAGCAUCCUACGACCCAAAUAUCUCUCCGGAAAAGCAGAUCGUCACGUAUCGUACAAAAGAUGGCGAAAUUCGACGUGUCACAAAGCUGGAACUACAGGACCAACUACAAGCAUCGGAGAAGCUCAUGGAUAGUCUCAAUCAGACUUGGGAGCAGAAAAUGGUUCAGACGCAGGCGAUACAUGUCGAGCGAGAGAAAGCUCUGGAAGAGAUGGGGAUCACCAUUGAUAAAAAUCUGGUUGGAGUGCAUGCCCCUCAGAAACAUCCUUCCCUUGUCAACCUGAAUGAGGACCCGCUCAUGUCUGAGUGCCUAGUAUAUCAGCUGAAGCCCGGUACUACCAUCGUAGGCAGUGUCGAUGAUGACAAAGCUCAAAUACGUCUCUCCGGCCCUCACAUCCUCCCCGAACAUUGCAUUUUCUCCAAUGUUGAUGGUGUGGUCACCCUCGAAGCCAUGCCAGACGCGCGUACAUUCGUGAACGGAAAACGCGUUCCUCCUAAAUCUCCAGUCAAACUUCUCAAUGGAUUCCGAGUCAUCCUGGGUGAUUUCCACGUCUUCCGUUUCAAUGAUCCCGGUGCCGUACGAGCUCAACGUCGAAAACUGCGUGAAUCAACAAGUGUCGAUCAGCUUUCAGCGGACAACUCACCAGGUUUUCGCUCCGAAUCACCUUAUGGUAAUGGCAAGCCCGAACCUGAGCUCAUGGACUGGUCAGCUGCCAGACGAGAAGUGGCAGAUAUUGAGAAGCUCGGUGAUCAAGAUCUUGACAAGUUAUUCGACGACAUCAUCAAAGUCAGAACUCAACGGAAACGUCCUGAAAGUCGGGCUGACUUGACCACGGAAUUGGAGUCAAGAUUGAUGGUAGCGUCCAACACGGAAGAUUCAUUGGUGGACGGUAAUAAUCCUUGGGCCACUAUGCAAGGAACGACGUUGACAAGUAACUCGAUCGCUACCCCUGGAGGUCUGGACCUAGAUCAAGCUAUUAUCGAAGAAAUCUCAGAGACCGAUACGGAACAUCCUUUCCCUAUCGUCUCAGUUGAUGCGCAAAAGGUAGCCGAUGCUGCGUUGGAACAAGAACAUCUAACGAGACAGCUGAGGGAUAUGGCACAGCAAGUCAGGUUGGUCAAAUCCCAAGCGGCUGUCGCGAGGGCGUUGGAAAGGACGGUGGUGGAAUCUGCCAAUUGGUCUGCUAAAGAGCUACGACUGGUGAAAUGGGCAGUGGAGCGGUGGAAACGUCUUCGGUCAUAUACAAUGGCUGAGGAGAUCUUGAAAGGUGCUGUAGAUGUAAGAGAGGCGAAUGUCAUUGCUCAUGAGAUGGGAAAAUCAGUCUCUUAUAAUUUCCUCAUAAGUCGAGGAGCAUCAGCUGGCUCGGUAUCCUCUCUAGACGAUCUCAACGGAGUGGUCGAAUUUGAAGAUGUUUCCAAUUCUGUCGGCUCAUCUAUCGGUCCAGGUGUCAGAAUCAAAGUUAUCGAUCGGAACGCUCAAGCAGUAUACGUUUGGGAUCUCGCCCGGUUUCAUCAGCAAUUCACUAAAAUGCGUCAUGUACACGCUUUGAAACAACGUCCGAACUACACCUUACAUUUCCGAACGGAUGAAGCUUUUACGGAUAAUCCUGCUCCCACAUUCUCCUUUAUCGGUUCUGCAAAAGUUUCCCUCAACCUCCUAGCAAAACAGGUUUCUUACUCCUCUACCGUUCCCAUUCUCUGUCCUUACACUAUGGAAGCCAUCGGGUCUUGUCUUGUCGACAUCAAAUGUCCCUCAUCUACAAGUUCAGGCAUCACCACACCCGACUCCAUGCGUACUUCCAUAGGCAACUCUGUCGCUGUUGGAACCAAACUCACAUUCACUAUCACGGUGGAUAAAGUCAAAGGUCUUACAUCUGUCAACUUUUCAUCGGUCCAUGCUCAAACUCGUCUUUCGUCUCUGGUGGGACCAUCCGUUUUUGCUGAAGAUACUUUCGCUUCUCUACCUGUAGAUCUCAAAAAGACUUCAGUAGCUCAUUUAUCUCUUCGACGCACGGUGUCCAUCAUCAUCACCCCUGAAAUACUUUCUUUCCUUCAAGAGAAUUACGCCACCAUUGACUUUUUCGCCAAAGUAACACCUGAAUAUCUGAAUAGAUUAGAACGAUGGGACAGAGUUCGUGAAACUUCUCCGUUAUCCGGAACCGGAAGUAUCACCCCGAAUCAAAAGGGGGAUACUCGUCCUGAGAUGAGACGAUGCGAAACGGAAUUCAUCUCUUCUCAACAUCAUGAUAUUCUUUCUUCUCUUGAAAUCCGUGAACUAUCUUCUUCAGGGGAAUACGUACCAUCUGAAGUCAUCGAUAAUAUCUUUCAACUUCAUCAAGGACUUCAAAGACAAAUCAUCAUCAAACUUCAUCAUUCUUCUGGUCGUUCUCUCCCGUGGCGUAAAUUGACACAUGUUAGUACAUCAGACGUUCGAGUAAUUGUCAAAGGCAACAUAUCUAGCGUUAGUAAACCAGAAGUAGAAGUUAAAUUAUCAUCACAAUCUGUUGAUCAUCAUACAGAUGGAACUACGACUCUUUCCGCUCUAGGAUUUUGGGAUACAGCUUCACAUCAUUCUAAUCAUUUAGAUAAGAAAACACCUUCGGAUCAACAUAUCCUCAUCAAAGUCAUUUGGGCAGUGGAAGUUGAGAAUUUGGAUGAACCAGCAAUGAUGAGUUAUGAUCUUCCACUUCGUAUCCUUGGUAGGGACGCAAAACGGAGUUCUUUCUUUAAUUUUUGGGGAGGAAAUAAGGUACAUAAUAAUAUCACUGUCGUUUAUUCUGUGGAUCUAGCUCCACCAUUAGCUAGGAGCACACAGGAUUUAUGGAGAUUGGAUACGGCGAAGAAACAUGUGAAAGGGGAAGAGAUUCUAGGAGAUUGGAGACCGAGAAGUCUAAGUUUGUUGGAAGAUUUCGAAAGGUUGAUAAGGGCUGAACAUGCUUUGGCGGAUGUACAAAGUACGAAAGCUGUUUUGGGUCCGUUUGGGGAGAUGGAAGGGAAAAGGGAAAUGAAAGAGGAUGAAAAGGAUGGGUUGUUGAGAAGAUGUGUGGAGUUGUGGAAGAUGGAAUUGGAUGGAAGGAUAAAAAUCAAUCUUAACAAAGACACGGCAGAGGAAUUGGCCAUAGCGAAAAAAUACAGAAAGAUGAUACCAGAACUUGAACCAAAACUCGUGCCGUCUGUCAAACAGGUUACUCUGACACAAAACAUCAUUAAAUCAGGUCCUAUGAUGAUACUUCGCGAUUCACAAAACGAUCAUUGGGAAAAAUUGGUUUUUCUCUUACGACGACCGUAUCUUUGCGUGCAUGAGAAGAUGGGUGAGAGGGAAAUUCAGAUCAUCAACCUUUCGAAAGCUAGUGUUGCACCGAGUCCUGAUGUUGAGAUACUUCUUGGGCAUAAAUUCGCUUUCACCAUUUUCACACCUACCAAUUCUUAUAUCGUACGGACCGCCACGCAACAGGACAUGGACUCGUGGAUGAGUGUGAUCAGUACGAGUGCGGAGGCAUGA